CAAUCUCCGAGGGGCUGCGGAGUGGCCAUGCAGUUCCCGCACCCGGGGCCCGCGGCUGCGCCCGCCGUGGGAGUCCCGCUGUACGCGCCCACGCCGCUGCUGCAGCCCGCUCACCCGACGCCCUUCUACAUCGACGACAUCCUGGGGCGCGGGCCCGCCGCCCCCACACCCACUCCCACGCUGCCGUCCCCCAACUCCUCCUUCACCAGCCUCGUGUCCUCCUACCGGACCCCGGUGUACGAGCCCACGCCGGUCCACCCCGCCUUCUCGCACCACCCCGCCGCCGCUCUGGCCGCCGCCUACGGCCCCGGUGGCUUUGGAGGCCCUCUGUACCCGUUCCCGCGGACGGUGAACGACUACACGCACGCCCUACUCCGCCACGACCCCCUGGGCAAACCCUUGCUCUGGAGCCCCUUCCUCCAGAGGCCUCUGCACAAAAGGAAAGGCGGUCAAGUGAGGUUCUCCAACGACCAGACCAUCGAGCUGGAGAAGAAGUUUGAAACUCAGAAAUACCUCUCCCCACCCGAGAGAAAGCGUCUGGCCAAGAUGUUGCAGCUCAGCGAGAGACAGGUCAAAACCUGGUUUCAGAAUCGCCGAGCUAAAUGGAGAAGACUGAAACAGGAGAAUCCUCAAGGCAACAGAAAGGAUGAGUCGGACAGUUUGGACACUUCCUGUGACCAGGGCCAAGACUUGCCUGGUGAGCAGAAUAAAGGUGCCUCUUUGGAUAGUUCUCAGUGUUCACCCUCUCCAGCCUCUCAGGAAGACCCCGACUCAGAGAUCUCAGAGGAUUCCGACCAGGAAGUGGACAUCGAGGGUGACAAAGGCUACUUUAAUGCUGGAUGACAGUCAUCGGCCGUGAUAGUGUUCAGAGACCAGACUUUAGAAUAAUGUUUUGCUACAGACAAACUGGAAAAUUCGAAGAGAAAGAAAGAGAGAUACCAUUCUUGUAGAUUUUUUUUUGGAAAUAUUUGGUGCGCUGGCUAAUUAACAAACAUGCAUUAAGACCUUAAUUUUGGUUUAACAUACUAUACCAGUUUUAAGUUGUUUUGAUAAAGUGACUAAAUGUGACCUCAUUUUUAAAAAGUGAAUUAUUUCUGAGAAGUAAUCUUAACCUUUGGCUAAAGCUUAAAUAACAACUUUAAAGGUUUUAGGAGGCUGUUUUUGAAUGACUUUUCCUAAAUCUGUAGCUAUUCCUUCAACUUCAGAGGUGCACUUAGAAAGGGGGCCGACAUUUGGGGAUCCAUGAAACACUUUCAAAGGGCACA